AUGUCAGGCACAGCGAGUUUAGUUCACAAUCUGCCGGCCAGUGGCGACAACAAUCAUCGUGGAUUGCAUAGUUGUAAGUGAAUUGGUUACAUUGCGGAUAGCGAUUGAAAAUUUAAUUUCAGUGAAGAAUCCGCGACGCGCCGCCGACAAUGAGCCACUUCUUCGAUUCCGAGAAGCGAAAAAGGUUCUGGGCGAUGUGUACAGUGAACUGAAGGAUAAUGUGGGCGAGUUGGAAGGUGUAUACAAAGGUUGGUAUUCGAAAAUUUCAAGUCAAUUCAAAAGGAGUUUCAGACAUCAAGGAAAACGAUUUCGUGAGCGUAGAACAGAGAGAAGAAGUCGAGUCGAUAAGGGAUUCGAUAAAAACAAUAAUGGACACGUUCCAAAGAGACAACAUGAAAGUGGUGUUCUUCGGAAGAACGAGUAACGGAAAGAGUACAACGAUCAAUGCGAUGCUUCACGAAAAAGUGCUCCCGCAAGGAAUGGGUCACACGACGUGCUGUUUCUUGCAAGUGGAGGGUUCCGAAGAAGAAGUUGGACACCUUCAACUGGACGACAAUCCGCAAAAGAUUGAUAUGAAGAAGUUGGGAAAGCUUGGGCACGCGUUGAGUGACGAGAACUCUGAUCUGCCAGCUAUGGGGCAAGACUCGCUGCUCCGUGUGUUCCAUCCGAAGAAGAGCGAAUCGGGAGAGUGCCGACUUCUGCAGAAUGACGUCGUCAUACUCGACAGUCCUGGAGUCGACUUGUCGCCCGAAUUCGACAGUUGGAUUGAUAAGCAUUGCCUCGACGCCGACGUGUUCGUGCUCGUCUCCAAUGCCGAAUCCACUCUGACACAAGCUGAGAAGAAUUUUUUCCAUCGUGUUGCGAAAAAGUUGAGCAAACCAAAUGUGUUCAUUCUCAACAAUCGAUGGGAUGCGAGCGCCUCCGAGACGGAGAACAUUGAAGACGUCAAGAAGCAGCAUUUGACACGUUUUAGACAGUUUUUGGUAGACGAACUGGAAGUGUGCUCGGAAAGAGAAGUCAACGACCGCAUCUUCUUUGUCUCUUCGAGAGAAGUUCUUGAGGCAAGACUCAAAGCUCGGGGACUCGUUCAGAAGGCCUAUCAGGCCGAGGGACACGGAACGCGAGCUCUUGAAUUCCAAAACUUCGAGCGUCACUUCGAGCAGUGCAUCUCCCGUUCUGCAAUUCACACCAAGUUCGAAGCACAUAAUCGGCGUGCUCACGAAAUGAUCGGAAAGAUGCGGCUCAAUCUGAACAGCGUGCUCACUUCGGCCGCGGAGCAACGCAACAAACUACAGAACAAUUUGAACGAAUCGACGCGACUUUUCAAUGAAUGUCGUGUCAAUUUCACUCAGUUUGAGAAGGCAUAUCGCGAACAAACAGAACGACUUCGCGCGGAGGUUCAUCUAAAAGUCUCUGCCGACUUUUUCGAGGAAAUAGCUCGUCUCGAUGCGAUCAUCGACCGAUUCGAUCAGUCGUUUGACGGAAGCUCCACGGGCAUGGUUCAGUACAAACAGGACUUGGCAGUGUUCGUAGACAAGUGCUUGAGCACGGACCUGGAAGCUAGAUGCACUGGAGGGCUCAUGUCGAGAAUCUGGAAUCUCGAGAAUGAUAUGUUCCGUGAGUUAUAGAGUUUGUAAAUAGUUAACAUGGAAAUCCGCAUGUUUCAGAAUACGUUACAAAGAUUCUUGCGGAGCCCUAUCAAAAUAAACUGGAGGAAGUCUGGCGGUACCGUGCUCCGUUCAAAUUCAGCAUUUGCGUGGAUGUUCCAGCGCUUGUGAAGUAAUCGUUAGAUUGAUGUUGUUUGAACCAAAUCGUUUAAUUUUCAGCGAUUUCCACGAGGAUCUCGAGUUCCGUUUCACGUUCGGUCUCCACGCAAUGAUCCGCCGAAUCAUCGCCUACCGUAGUGGGCAGCCCGUCACCGCCAUCAACACGAAUCUGUUGACGCCGCUUUCUCUGAAACCGAACGAGAAGAACGUGGUGCGAGACGCGGAAUCGACGGCAGCCGCUGAAGAGCAGGCGAUGAUGACGCAGAUGGUGCUGACUUCGGCCGCCUUCCUCGCGAACGGCAGUCUCGGAGUGCUCGUCGUCGGAGGAAUCGUCUACAAAGCAGUCGGAUGGAGGGUUUGUCUUUUGCAGGAUCCUACAGAAUUUUGAUUAACUCUUUUUUCAGGUCAUUGCCGUCGGUGGAGCCGCCUACGCAGGAUUGUACGCGUGGGAACGAAUGCGUUGGAACUCGAGUGCCAAAGAACAGCAUCUAAAGGAACAGUUCCGUUCGCAUUUGGCCGCCCGUAUGCAACAAGUAUCCACUGCCCACACUCAACAUUGCGAGACACAAGCAAUGAGGUACUGUUCAAAAUAACUCAAUUGCGGUGUGGAACCCCUGUUUUACAGGGAAAUGGACCAAGUGUUCGACGGAUUGAAAGCGACUGUCGGCGGAGUGCACAGAGAAAUGAAGAACGAUUUGGACGGACAGAAGACGCAGAUCGACGCAGUCGACUCGACAAUUCGCACGCUAGGAACCAUAAAGUAAACGAAAUUUCAAAGCUUUCAGAAUCUAAUUUUUCUCAUUUUCAGAGGAAAAGCAGUGUUUCUUCUGCGCAAUCUGGAGCAAUUCGCCUCCUCGUACCUCCGCUCCGAUUCUCCGUCGUCGCCAUGA